AUGGAACGGUGGAGGGGCAAGGUGGCAAUAGUCACUGGCGCCAGUGCUGGAAUCGGGGCGGCGAUUGUGGUCAAGUUGGCGGAAAGCGGCGUGCACGUCGUGGCGCUCGCCAGGAGAGAAAACUUACUCAAGGAAUUAGCUGAAUCUUUGACUGAUAAAGACUACGGGACUAUUUAUCCUAAGGUAUGCGAUGUCACUAACGAACAAGCUGUAAUAGAUGUUUUUUCGUGGGUAGAUUCAACACUAGGAGGUCCCAGUAUUUUAAUUAACAAUGCUGGAGUUUCAAAACUGUCGAGUCUUUUAAACGGAAAACUGGAGGAUUGGCAAGAAACAUUUAAUCUCAAUGUUUUGGCAUUAAGCGUGUGCUCGAGAGAAGCUUAUAAGUCGAUGACGAAACAUAAAAUCAAUGGUCACAUCGUUCAAAUAAAUAGUAUCUCUGGUCACAUGUUAACUCCGAAUUUCGCGUUCAAAAUGUAUAACGCUUCAAAGCAUGCAGUCACGGUACUAUGUGACGGACUUCGACACGAAUUACAAUUAACUGGAUCGAAAAUCAAAGUUUCGAGCGUUAGCCCAGGACCAACAGCUACAGAUAUGUUAGAAAAUAUCACCAAGUAUGCCACACAUGUAACAACAACGGCGGAUUUCAAAAUACUAAAUCCAGAAGACGUCGCGAAAGCCGUAAUCACCUCUUUGGCAACGCCGCCAAAUGUUCUUAUAGCUGAAAUGACUAUCAUACCAACUGGAAUUACAAUACAGAUGCAUUCACAACCGAGUUCUCAAGUAGUGGAAAAUUCAUUAAACUCGUAG